CCCGAUUCUCUGUGCCAGAGCCGGGUGCGCCAGGAGCUGGGCCCCUUUCAUCUUUCUUCCUGUCUGUCCUUUCCUGGCCCCUGUUUCCUCCUCCUUUGCCUUUCCUGAUUCCACCCUCAUCCCUUGGAGACCCAGGUCUGCUGGACCUGUCCAUCUCCUUUGGGGCCAUGGGAUCGCUGCUUAGUCUUCUAGCACUGCUGCUGCUGCUGUGGGGUGCUGUGGCUGAGGGCCCAGCCAAGAAGGUGCUGACACUGGAGGGGGACCUGGUGCUGGGUGGGCUGUUCCCAGUGCACCAGAAGGGUGGCCCAACAGAAGAGUGUGGGCCUGUCAACGAGCACCGUGGCAUCCAGCGCCUGGAGGCCAUGCUUUUUGCACUGGACCGCAUCAACCGUGACCCCCACCUGCUGCCUGGUGUGCGCUUGGGUGCACACAUCCUCGACAGCUGCUCCAAGGAUACACAUGCCCUGGAGCAGGCAUUGGACUUUGUGCGUGCCUCGCUCAGUCGCGGUGCUGAUGGCUCACGCCACAUCUGCCCUGAUGGCUCUUAUGCCACCCAUGGUGAUGCUCCCACUGCCAUCACUGGUGUCAUUGGUGGUUCCUACAGUGACGUUUCCAUCCAGGUGGCCAAUCUCCUACGGCUGUUUCAGAUCCCACAGAUCAGCUAUGCUUCUACCAGUGCUAAGCUGAGUGACAAAUCCCGUUACGAUUACUUUGCUCGCACAGUGCCCCCAGAUUUCUUCCAAGCCAAGGCCAUGGCUGAGAUUCUCCGCUUUUUCAACUGGACCUAUGUGUCCACUGUGGCAUCUGAAGGUGACUAUGGAGAGACAGGCAUUGAGGCCUUUGAGCUAGAGGCCCGUGCUCGCAACAUCUGUGUGGCUACUUCAGAGAAGGUGGGCCGAGCCAUGAGCCGUACAGCCUUCGAGGGAGUGGUGCGAGCCCUGCUGCAGAAACCCAGUGCCCGGGUGGCUGUCCUCUUCACCCGUUCUGAGGAUGCCCGUGAGCUGCUCGCAGCCACCCAGCGCCUCAAUGCCAGCUUCACUUGGGUGGCCAGUGAUGGUUGGGGAGCCCUGGAGAGCGUGGUGGCAGGCAGUGAAGGGGCUGCUGAGGGUGCCAUCACCAUUGAGCUGGCCUCCUACCCCAUCAAUGACUUUGCCUCUUACUUCCAAAGCCUGGACCCCUGGAACAACAGCCGGAAUCCUUGGUUUCGUGAAUUCUGGGAGCAAAGGUUCCGCUGCAGCUUCCAGCAACGAGACUGUGCAGCCCACUCUCUGCAGGCCGUGCCCUUUGAACAGGAGUCCAAGAUCAUGUUUGUGGUCAAUGCAGUGUAUGCCAUGGCCCAUGCGCUACACAACAUGCACCGUGCCCUCUGUCCCAACACCACCCACCUCUGUGAUGCCAUGAGGCCUGUCAAUGGGCGUCGUCUCUACAAGGACUUCGUGCUCAAUGUCAAGUUUGAUGCCCCCUUCCGCCCAGCUGACACUCAUAACGAGGUCCGCUUUGACCGCUUUGGUGAUGGUAUUGGCCGCUACAACAUCUUCACCUACUUGCGGGCAGGCAGUGGGCGCUAUCGCUACCAGAAGGUGGGCUACUGGGCCGAAGGCCUGACCCUGGACACCAGCCUCAUCCCAUGGGCCUCCCCAUCAGCAGGCCCCCUUCCUGCCUCUCGCUGUAGUGAGCCUUGCCUUCAGAAUGAGGUGAAGAGCGUACAGCCAGGUGAGGUGUGCUGCUGGCUGUGUAUCCCCUGCCAGCCCUAUGAGUACCGGCUGGACGAGUUCACCUGUGCCGACUGUGGUCUGGGUUACUGGCCUAAUGCCAGUCUGACUGGCUGCUUUGAGCUGCCCCAGGAGUACAUCCACUGGGGUGAUGCCUGGGCAGUAGGACCUGUCACCAUUGCCUGCCUGGGUGCCCUGGCCACCCUCUUUGUGUUGGGUGUCUUCGUGAGGCACAACGCCACACCUGUGGUCAAAGCCUCUGGUCGGGAGCUCUGCUACAUUCUGCUGGGAGGUGUCUUCCUCUGCUACUGCAUGACCUUCAUCUUCAUCGCCAAGCCAUCCACCACAGUGUGCACCUUACGGCGCCUUGGUUUGGGCACUGCCUUCUCUGUCUGCUACUCAGCCCUCCUUACCAAGACCAACCGCAUUGCACGUAUCUUCGGCGGGGCCCGGGAAGGUGCCCAGCGGCCACGCUUCAUCAGUCCUGCCUCACAGGUGGCCAUCUGCCUGGCACUUAUUUCAGGUCAGCUGCUCAUUGUUGCUGCCUGGCUGGUGGUGGAGGCACCAGGCACAGGCAAGGAGACAGCCCCUGAACGGCGGGAAGUGGUGACAUUGCGCUGCAACCAUCGUGAUGCAAGCAUGCUUGGCUCACUGGCCUACAACGUGCUCCUCAUCGCGCUCUGCACGCUUUAUGCCUUCAAGACCCGCAAGUGUCCUGAGAACUUCAAUGAAGCCAAGUUCAUUGGUUUCACCAUGUACACCACCUGCAUCAUCUGGCUGGCAUUCCUACCCAUCUUCUAUGUCACUUCCAGUGAUUAUCGGGUACAGACCACUACCAUGUGUGUGUCUGUCAGCCUCAGUGGUUCUGUGGUACUCGGCUGCCUCUUUGCACCUAAGCUGCACAUCAUCCUUUUCCAGCCGCAGAAGAACGUGGUGACUCACCGGGCACCUACCAGCCGCUUUGGCAGUGCUCCCCCUAGGGCCAGUGCCAACCUUGGUCAAGGGUCUGGAUCCCAAUUUGUUCCCACUGUUUGCAACGGCCGUGAGGUUGUAGACUCAACAACAUCGUCACUUUGAAGACCCCACACUCUUGCCCUGACAUGGCUGCUCCCGGAACCCAUUGUAGACCCACUUCCAUGGCCAGAAGGAAGUUGGCUGGAGCACUGCAAUAAUGCCCACCCUAUACCUGUCCCCAAAGUCACUUACUCAUCUACUAAUCCCACUUUCAGGUCAGAAGUCAGGGUCCUUAGCUGGGGAGCCUCUGCAAUCAUCCCCACUGCCCCUGCAGCAGUGUCCCCUGUUUGCCAGGCCUGGGACUCUGAGGAGAGAGAGCCAGUGUAUACUGUGCCCUGGAACAAGAUGGCUGAGGUCUACAGGCCCAAAUCUGAAUCAGCAAAGGUGCUUCCAGUCCAGUCCCUCCCCAGGCCUUUUUAAUUUUUUAUAUGUUACUCUGGGAUGGAGAGGGUGGUUAUUGUGGGGACCAUUCCUUCCCUCCCCCUUUCACAGUAGUUUGUCCUGUUGUUUAUUUUGUAUUAUCUGUAAAUAAAGCUUUAUUUAAA